AUGGGAGAUAUUGGUCAGACCUCAGAGCGUUGGUUACCCCCAAAGACACCCCAGUCAUUCCCAUUGGGUAAAAGCAACAUCUACCCGUCAGGCGAGCAACAUGGAGUGAGCGUUUCUUUGCCUACAUGGGACUCUGUAAUUGGACUUUCCCGAAAGGAGGACUGGGUUCUGAAUAACCUGGAAUGCAGCUAUCCUCGAUUUUAUAUUAACAAACCAGUUCGAGAACUCUCAUCUGCUGUUCUCCGACGGCUUCUUGUCUCGGAUAACAGUGUGCGUUCCAUGGUAUUUGCCUCUGCUACCGCUGCACGAAGAUGCCUCGCAGCCCUGAGAACCUCUAGGACCCAUGUCGAGAAUCCGACGGUCUUCGAGGUCGCUCGCUUCUUCAUGCCUCUAGAGUCAUUCCAAGGUGCUACAGCAUGUCACUGGGCGAAUUUCUCCGCCGUUCUUUUCCCAUUUGAGUUAUUGAAAGAAGCAAUGGCAUUUUGGAGAGACACUGGUAGUGGAUUAUCUACUCGGCAUGCUGAGUUCUGCCUAGGUGAACUGGACUAUCUUGAUUGUGAUUCGGACAACCCAGAAUUCCGCAGUCCAGCUCCCCUGAAAAGAGAUCAUCGCCGCAUCCCCCAAUCACUGGCUUGUGUUCAAAGCGCAGCUUCCAGUGCCCCUGAACUACGGUCCAUUCUUGCAAAGCUGGCUACCUCUGACAGGCCAGGUGAGCCGGAUGUGCAUGCAGAUGAUGUAUUCCUCUAUCCAAGCGGAAUGAAUGCCAUAUUCUCACUGUCUGAUAGUCUAUCCUCGAUAACUCCUAACUCGAAUGUGGCGGCUUUUGGAUGGCUGUACCCAGAAACAGUCGAAGUCCUCCGAGGCGGUUCCUGGAAAACUUGCCUGUCUUACAAAUUCGGAACAGAGGAAGAACUAGACCAACUAGAGGAAACACUCAAAUCCGGUCAACAGAUCAAAGCUCUAUUUUGCGAAUUACCCAGCAACAUCCUCCUCUGCUCGCCAAAUCUCCCUCGAAUCCGUACUCUCGCCGAUAAAUACGAUUUCAUCGUAGCCUGCGAUGAUACGGUCGCAGGUUUCGUUAACCUAGAUGCGAUUUCCUAUGUUGAUGUCAUGGUAUCGAGUCUUACGAAGACAUUCAGUGGGACGUCUAAUGUCACAGGAGGAAGCCUCGUCAUAAACCCCAACUCCCGUCACAGGGACACAAUAAAAAUCGCUCUCUCAACCAAACACGAAGAAACAUUCUUUCCACUGGACAUCUUCACACUAAGCGAAAACUGCCAAAACAUGGCCUGGCGUGUGAAACAAUGCAACGCAAAUACACUCCCGCUGGUGGACCUCCUCAACAAACACAAAUCCAUCGCAACAGUCCACCAUCCAUCCAUAGCACCGACAGCAUCAGUAUACGAAAGUCUCCGACGGAAAGGUGGAGGCUACGGUAACGUGCUGAGUAUAAUCUUCCACAACCCGGCCAGCGCGGAGCAUUUUUAUAAUGUGCUAGAUGUGUGCAAGGGGUCGAGCUUUGGGACGAAUUUUACGCUGGUUAUUCCUUAUGUUCAGUUGGCGAAUUAUUGGAACCGGGAGAAGGUUCCUAAGUAUGGGGUGCCGCAGCAUAUUUUGCGGAUGAGUGUUGGGUUGGAGGAUUGUGAGCAAUUAGUUAAUACUGUUGCCAAGGCGUUGAAGGAGGUGGAUGUUUUUGAGGGUAAUCCUGUUUAG